AGGCCAACGCUCCUUUUUCUCAUCACACUGUAGCCUGAAGGCGACAGCGCAUCUUUUUGUUUCUUUCCAAGCACAUAUCUCGCCACCUUUUACACUUGCAUUCGCUUUUGAAAGCUGCCAUGUUUUUGUGCAGGUAACGCCCCUAGGCACCAAAUUCGCGCAGCUCAGACGCGCUCACGCAGAGAUGUCAGCUUCGGCUGGCCCUUUGUUGAAUGGCAUCCACCCUAUAACGGUGCCGGCCUUCAAUGAGUCCUCGGAGUUUGAGAAGAUACUUAGGAUCCGCGAUGAGGUAUUCUCUGGAGGUCAUCCUCGACUGACAGUGCCUGCCCAUGCUCUCAGAGUCUCGUCCUCUCAAACUCCAGUGGCCGUGUCCCAGUCUCUUUUGAACAUACAUUCUCAAUUUCCCAGCAGUGCCUCGCCAAAUCGUCACGCAUCCACACAGGCGAGACAAGAAGAAGGUGCUACACAAGUUCAGGCGAAAGCGAAUGGUCUCCCCAGUCAACCCGCCAGUAAUUUUUCUGAGUUUGACCCCAUCCUCUUGACCAAGUCAGAUGAUCUAGUUCGAGCCGAAAUCCAUCUCAAGCGUCAAAGGCUCGAGAGAGCACUGAAAGAGCAGUUCGAACACAAGAGACAAGAUGCCCGGAGGAAGCCUGCGCCCUCCGAGGCCAAGCCAGACUUCGAUCUUCCCGCUAUUGUUGACAAGGUGUUGAACGCACCCAAAUCUCCUUCCUCCAAGAAUGAAGGCGAUCUCAGCGACUCCCUCGACGCAAACUCCCUCUACUCUAGCAGAGCUCCCGAUUCGACACCCGAUGGGCCCAAUGAAUCUGGAGAGGAAACUGAUGAGGGACAAGCUGAUGAACCUUCAGGGCAAGCCGUCGUGAGUGCCGUCAUGGGUUCGCCUCUGGCGCAAGACGUAGUUGAUGACAUAUCUACUAACGCGGCGCCUCUCCGUCGACCCAUGGCUGCCACAACCAUGGACCUGGAUGAAGAGGAGGAGGAAGGUGAAUACUCGCCUCCAGAAGCUACGGCCUUUCCAACGCCAAAAAUGCCCCAAUCGCAAGCUAUGUCAGACAGCAGAGACCCACGAGGCCGUCCCUUGCGCAGAUACUCGGAGACUGAGGACAAUGGGAGGCCACUAUCCCCGUCAGAGACCAAUAUGCGGAUUGUAAGGAACCAAAUCACCUCACCCAUUGCCCCAGUCCCAUCGCGUGUCUCCCCACUUGCUGUAGCUAAGGAUCCCCCUUUCUCACAGAACGGACGUCAAAGACGGCCACAACGGAUUGGUAAACCGGGAUCCCCCCCAAGUCCCGAUGAUCAAGGAUACCUCCCUCCCCGGAAGAAGAGAAGACUCGAAAAGCGACAAGAGAGAAAGGCACGGCGAAACGGUGCUUACUCCCCAGACAUCAAAGAGGAGAACGUGUCGCCUCCACCAUUUCAUGACGUCCAACCUCUCGGCUCUGGCAGACUACGUCCCACGGGCCCAGAUCGACCGAUUGUUAUUGAUGAUGAACCAGUGCAAGAAGUCCGUUACAUGCCUGCUCCAGAACGGUACGUGGAAUCUCCUUCACGGCCAGUGCAUCGACAGGUUGAACAAUUGAUGCCUCUGAGUGAGCCACGCGCAUUAUCCAGAAUGAGUAUGCGACCCAUGCGCGAUGACCAAGACCUACGCAGAGUGGCUAGCAUGCACAAUAUGCGGGCCGAGGCUCCUCGCGAAUACGCGGAUCCGUACUACGAGACUCCAACCCGAACCAGAGCUGUCUCCUACGCCCGAGUUGAAAGCCCAGCUAUGGUCGAAUCUCCUCGCUACCAACGUGAAAUUCCUGUUGAGUACGACCGACCUCAAGACAUGAGAGUGGUUAGUACCCCUGCGCCAAUCUACCGGGAAGUGUACGACGACGGAGAACCCACCUACCGCUACGCACCCGAGCCCAUGCCACUACCGAUGGAGAGGAUCGUGGUCGACCAGUACGGCAGAAGAUUCCGCGAGAUCGUCCAGGAGAGACCAUCGGCAGUUCCUCGAGCAAUGUCUGUUCGGAGAAGUGAGGUAGAGCCUGCAUACGACAAUUACCGGGCUGCCCGUGCAGGUUCAGUCUUCAUGGAGGCGGGACCAGAGCGAAGCUAUGCGGCCGCAGAUAUGCCUCCUCCGCCAGUCUCUUAUCGCCGCGUUGCAGAACCCAUGCGGAGCUCGGCUGUGCCUGGAGGAGCCAUUCGCGAAUAUGCAGAACCAGGCUCGCUACCACGAGGCUCGAGUGUCCUCAUGGACCGACCGCCACGGUCUGCCAUGUAUCCGGACGAGAGAUCCGACUUCCGCGAGCCCGUUCGGAUGGGAAGCGUGCGACCACCAGUAACACGCUACGAAGAAGUUCAGCCAGGGGCAAUGAUGGCAAGGCCACAGAGUGUACGCCCUGUUGCACGUGAAGGUAGCGUCUUUGCCCAUGAUAGGCCGCAGGUCAGCCACGAAUACAUGGCUGCCGAACAACCAAGGUAUCGUGCAGUGGAGCCAGAGCAGCGGUAUUACGAUGCUCAAGGCAGGGAAGUAAUUGCCUUGGAUGGAGCUAUGGAUGGAAGACCGAGAGGUGUGGAGAGAUACUGAGAUUGAUGUGGGGGAUUGGGUUGACUUGUGAGACUAGAAAUGAUGAGAGAGUAGCUUGCUGGCGGUGCGGCGGUGAUGGACGCGCACUGAGGCUGUCUGUCUGUGUACAAAUCUCAAGCUUCUGAGCUGUUGAAGAUACUCCAUAAUAAUGGGCGUCCUGAAUGGAUGAUGGUUCUCGAUCGA